CGCAACCCCGGUCCGGUGGCCGGGUUCCUCCUCCACUCUCGCUGCGUCAAAACGUCGAACAGCUCGCGCGCGCGACGCAGCCACCACAACCCCACCCCACUUGCCGUUAACCAGCAGCAGUCGUCGCCGACUCGCCGCCGUCCAAUGUCCGCCGCCACCAGCAUCUCCCUCGCCGUCGCCGACGCCAUCUGGGAUGAGAUCAAGUCCGCGGGCCGCGCAUCCGACGAGCACCUAUCCAUCCUCGAGACGCUGUUCGGCAAGAACAUGCUUCGCUCCUGCAAGAUCGUCGACGAGCGCGGCGUCCGCCGCGUCACCGGCGCGCCCAGCGGCCGCUCGCUCUUCCUGGUGAUGGGGGAGUCGAAGAGGAAGGAGGAGUACCUCUGUUUCCCAGAGCACCUCUGCACCUGCUGCUCCUUCUUCUACGACAUUGUAGGGCGCGGCGAGCAGCUCUGCUGUAAGCACCAAUUAGCGGCGCGGCUUGCAGAGGCUGUAGGUGAACACCAAGAGAUGGAAGUAACAGAUGAGGAGCUCGCACAAAUGCUUGCAAAACUCUGAGAGUGUGAAAGUUUGAAUUCUUCAGAAUGCACAAAACACUUAUGAAAUGUUUCUUACUUUCGUCUCCUUGCCCAGUAACACUGAUGCAAAGUAUUUAUGCAUCCAGACUACAAUAGGAAGAUGGCGUGCCAGAAAACUCGAUGGAGUCGGCAUUGCAUCAUCAUCCUUUUUUAGUUUAUAUUGAACAAAUAACUUAUAAGAAUGUGGCCUGAUGUAUGCAUAGUCAUGUGAACUACUUGAUGAAUUUAGAUGAGCAUAAUGUGUUCGGUGUUCACUUGCUAUUGAGUUAGCUUCAUGUGCUUCUUUUA